CGAGCGCUGUAGUCCGCCCGGGCCCGCCCCACGCGGUCCCCCACCCCAUCCCGACCCCGCCGCCCGAGGGCGCGGCCCUGGGGAGCAGCCGCGUGCCCGGCAUGGUGCUCAAGGCCUUCUUCCCCACGUGCUGCGCCUCGGCCGACAGCGGCUUGCUGGUGGGACGGUGGGUGCCAGAGCAGAGCAGCGCCGUGGUCCUGGCUGUGGUGCACUUUCCCUUCAUCCCCCUCCAGGUGAAGGAGCUCCUGGCCCAGGUGCAUCAGGCCGGCCGCGUGGGGCUGGCCGUGCUGGGCACCUGGUGCCACCGCCGGCAGGAGGCUGAGGAGAGCCUGGGCCACUUUCUGGAGGGCCUGGGCACCAUCUUCUCCCAUGAGCCUUGGCUACAGCUGUGCCGGGAGCAGGGCAGCAAGUUGUGGAGCUGCAAGGCCACGCGCCGGCAGGUGCCUCCCUGCCCUGGCGCCCCCUACGAGGACCAGGUCAUGCUCGUCUUCUACGACCAGCGCAAGGUGCUGCUCUCUCAGCUGCACCCGCCCGCAGCCCUGCCUGACUGCCUGGCCGGCGAUGCGGCGCCCAGUGCUGGGGGUCUGGCUGCCGUCUUUGACACGGUGGCGCGCAGUGAGGCGCUCUUCCGGAGCGACCGCUUCGACGACGGCCCUGUGCGCUUGAGCCACUGGCAGUCAGACGGCGUGGAGGCGAGCAUCCUCGCUGAGCUGGCAAAGCGUGCCUCGGGCCCUGUCUGCGUGCUGCUGGCCUGCCUGUUGUCACUCGUCUCGGCUGCCAGCGCCUGCCGGCUGUUCAAGUUGUGGCCCCUGUCCUUCGUCUGGAGCAAGCUCUCUGUGUGCGAGCAGCUCAGGCACCGGCUGGAGCAGCUCACGCUCGUCUUCAGCACCCAGAAGGCCGAGAACCCCACCCAGCUGAUGAGGAAGGCCAACGUGCUUGUCUCUGUGCUUCUCGAUGUGGCCCUUGGCCUUGCACUGCUGUCAUGGCUUCGCGGGAAGGACCGCAUUGGGCCAUUGGCGGAGGCCCUCGUCCCUGUGGCUGAUCACGUGGCUGAGGAGCUCCAGCAUCUGCUGCAGUGGCUGAUGGGUGCGCCCGCUGGGCUGAAGAUGAACCGGGCGCUGGACCAGGUGCUGGGCCGCUUCUUCCUCUACCACCUGCACCUGUGGAUCAGCUACAUCCACCUCAUGUCCCCCUUCAUCGAGCGCAUCCUGUGGCACGUGGGCCUCUCAGCCUGCCUGGGCCUGACGGUCGCCCUGUCCAUCCUGUCUGACAUCAUUGCUCUGCUCACCUUCCACAUCUACUGCUUCUACGUCUACGGGGCCAGGCUGUACUGUCUGAAGAUCUGCGGCCUGUCCUCACUUUGGCGUCUGUUCCGGGGGAAGAAGUGGAAUGUUCUGCGCCAGCGAGUGGACUCCUGCUCCUACGACCUGGACCAGCUGUUCAUUGGGACUUUGCUCUUCACCAUCCUGGUCUUCCUCCUGCCCACCACGGCCCUGUACUACCUGGUGUUCACCCUGCUCCGGCUUCUGGUGGUGGCUGUGCAGGGCCUGAUGCAUCUGCUCGUGGACCUCAUCAACUCCCUGCCGCUCUACUCGCUCGGCCUCCGGCUCUGCCGGCCCUACAGGCUUGCGGCUGGUGUGAAGUUCCGAGUCCUGGAGCAUGAGGCUGGCAGGCCCCUCCGCCUCCUGAUGCAGAUAAACCCCCUGCCCUACGGUCGCGUGGUGCACACCUACCGCCUGCCCAGCUGUGGCUGCCACCCCACGCACCCCUGGGGCUCCCUGUGCCGCAAGCUGUUCUUCGGAGAGCUCAUCUACCCCUGGAGGCAGAGAGGGGACAAGCAGGCCUGAGGGGCCCUGGUCGCCGGCCUGCCCAGUACCAUCCCGCGGCCACAGUCUGCCCUCCUCCCUGCCAAGGUGUGGACCGUCAGGACAGCAAGCGUCCCUGAUCUCUGCCUUCCCUGCCCCCAGUCGUCUGAGGCCUGUGCAUGUCCUGCUGGCCCUGAGGUGGUGGGGUGCCAAGCAGCAGGACACAGGGGCAGCCAGCCAGGCCAACAGGCCUCUGCUCUAUCACCAGCUGUGUUUGCCUCGGGACCCGCCUCCUGACCUCUAGUGAUGGCCACCCAGUGCCCACCAGCCCCCCUCCUAUCGCACCCAGAGCCCCCGACUCUGCCCACCAUGCCCGUUCCCGGGGAGGUGAGCUGGCAGGCCUCCCUGGUGCUCCCAGCGGCCACACCCUGUCAUGGCGUGGAGGGACCCCUCUAGGACACACUCAACGUUCUUGAGGCUGACCCCAAGCAUCUCCUGGCUUGAGGGGUUGCACUUCUGUGUCCCUCGCCCAAGCCAGCAGCCCCGGUGAACCAGGGCCGUACGGGAAGCCGGGCAGCAGCACCCUCAGCCUGGGUCACACAGGGUUUGUGUGGCGCCCCCUGGAGAGAUUGCUCUGCACGAGGAGCUGCCCACCGGCCUUUGGGUCUCCCUGUGUGAAGCCAGGCCACAUGGGGUGCCGGGAACUGCCUUGCUGAAGACCGAGUACCCAUUCACCUUGCUGCCCUGUCCCUGCCCCGCGCCCACGCAGGAACAGGCCCCUUGGCCAAAUCUUCCAUCUCCCUCACUGGCUACCCACAGAAGGAGGCAGCUGCUGGGCAGACACGUUUGUAGCCCCCAGUGUGGGGAGGGGGGGUCCUAGCGUUCACGCUGCGUCUGCCUACUGGCUGGCAUGGAAUCUGACUGUGGGUGUGAGCCCCAGCAGCCCCAGGGGGAGGAAGCCUGCACAUGCAGGUGGCAUCAUGUUUGUUUUGCCAUCUUGGAGUGGGCCACAUUUGUGCCGUAGCCUGCACUCCUUGCCUGCAGGCCACAGUGGGGAGCCCGUGGGUGAGGUCCCACCAGCCCAGCGUCUCAUGGAACAGGUCCUAGCUCUGCCUUUUUCUGCUGUGACAAUAAAACCUCCCUCCUGUUAGGAGUG